AUGACAUCUCCUCUACAGCCCAGGGAAUGCAAACUGACUAGAACAGAUAAAGAGAGUUAUGGAUUUUGCCUGCGCCUUGAGAAACACCAAAAUGGUCACCUAAUUAGAAAUGUGAUACAAGGCAGCCCAGCUGAAAAGGCUGGCCUGAAAGAUGGAGACAGAGUCCUGAGGGUCAAUGGGCUAUUUGUAGACAAGGAAGAUCAUGGACAGGUUGCUGACUUGGUUAAGAAAAAUAUGAAUUCUGUAGUAUUCCUCGUCUUGGAUGAAAAAUCUUAUGAAAAAGCACAAAAGGAAAAAAUUGUUUUGGAAGAGCUGGGUCAGAAGUCAGAAGCCCAGCAUCCGCUAGGACAUCUCCCACCUGCGACGAACAGAGAGCCUGCCCCAGUUCCACAGCCCCGACUCUGCUACCUGACAAAGGAAGGGAAAACUAGCUAUGGCUUCUCCUUGAAGACUACUGCAGGUCAAAAGGGAUUGUUUGUUAUUGACAUAUCCCCACAAGGGCCAGCGGCGAAAGCUGGCGUUCAGCCGAAUGACCGCCUGAUUGAAAUCAAUGGAGAGAACGUGGAAAAUGACACUCAUGAAGAAGUGGUUGAGAAGGUGAGAAGAUCCGGAAGUCAAGUUGUAUUUCUGUUGUCAAAUAAAGAAACAGACUGCUAUUACAACAGACAGAACCUGCCGCUGAAGAGAGAAAUGGCCAGUUUGAAAUUUUUACCUCAUAAACCCCGGACCAUUGAGCUCACAAAAGGAAAUAAUGGCUAUGGAUUCUGUCUGAGAAUUGAACAAAAUAGGAAAGGUCACUUAAUUAAGAACAUUGAUUCUGGCAGCCCUGCAGCUAAAGCAGAUCUCAAGGAAAAUGAUAUUCUUGUGGCUGUGAAUGGAGAGCUGGUUGAAACACUGGACCACAACUCUGUGGUGGAGAAGAUCAAGGAGUCGGGUGAAAAAAUUACACUGCUAGUGAUGGACGAAGAGACCAACAUCAUGUACAAAAUGGCUCAAAUUGCUCCGUGCCUCUCCUGUCACAAAACCACAGUGGCAUCUCUAAGGGAAGCAGAAGUGCUGGCAUGCCGUACUGAGCAGGAGAGACAGCAGCUCAGACUCUGCAACCUGGUUAAAGGUCCCAGUGGAUUUGGUUUUCAUCUGAACGCUAUCAAGGAUUUGCCUGGCCAGUUCAUCAAGCAGGUACAGAAGGGAGGACCAGCUGACAUAGCUGGGCUGAAAGAUGAUGACAUUUUGAUUGAAGUGAAUGGUGUGAACGUGGAAAACGAAGACUAUGAAAACGUGGUGGCAAGAAUCCGGGAGGGCGGCAACAGGCUGACGCUACUGGUGUGUGCAGAAAAGGCUCACCAGCACUGCAGGUCCGAGGAUCUCUCUGCAGCUUCUAUGGCAGCUCCACCCCAUGGUUACAGUAACAACCCUCCUCCUUACACAGAGGUACAAGAGCCACAAAGACAGUUGUCUUCAGCACAUGAGAUGGCCAGCUUAUCCUCCUCUUCGCUCUCAGUUGACUCAGAAGAAGAAGACACCAAAUUGUGA